AUGCUGUGGGUGCGCCCCCAUGUCUUUUCAGAACCAGACUUGAGCUUCAGCCUUUCUUUGCUCUUGAGCUCUACAGACCUUGAACCCAAGAUCAACUUCAACACACGCAAGCAAAACGGUCUGCGCCCGGUUCUCACGGAACCAAUAUUCGACUCACUAGCUCUAGAUCGUGCCGUCUGUCCCGCAAUCGAGGCUUCACCUGCUCCUCGGACAUCUUCCGCUGUCGUCACCGACCAGCCUCAUCGCCACCCUGGCGCCUUCUCGCUGCUCUUGGGACUUGCAUUUCUCUGUAGAGCUGUUGAAACCCGGGACGAGACUUGCAUCUCCAGCAAGGAUACACUGAGCCCCCACAAUGGCUUGACCAGCCCUGGUCAUGCAACGAAGCGCAAGAGGAAGAGCCGGAAAGGCCUCGAGAAAAGAUUUACCUGCGAAAUCGAUGAAUGCGGCAAGGUUCAACGCCAUCAGCUCAACCACAACUCACCCCAGACAUUCCGUUGCGACUAUGCUGACUGCAGUCGCACUUUUGUCCGCCCCGACUUGCUCAAGCGUCACAUAGACAGACACAUCGCAAAAGAUACCCAUCUCAGCGACCCGAGUGUCACCGCAGCUCGCUCGCUCUCACCGCUGACGCCAGAAGCAGCCAUGCACCGGCCGGUGUUUACUCACCCAGCUCAUUCGCCGUCUGGAAACGGUGCAUACGGAAUGGGCGUCGAGGCUACGAGGCAGUUCGGCAGUAGCGAUACGGCAUCUCACAUGGCCGUUGCCAGUGCCGCCGCUGGAGCCGGCGAGGGACAAACACCUCUUCAAAACCUUGCUCGUCACAACCAGCACCAAGUUGACAUGGGCUACGGCUUAUCAGCAACAAAUUACACACCAGCGCCAGGAGCGCAUAAUAUUUCUCUCGAGGAUCCGGCUGUAACAGACCAGAUGGAUCUGUAUGAUCACAUGCCCAUCGGAGAUGCUGGGCCAGUAUUUAGUGUCGAUGCUGGCCUGCAUAAAUCCCCCACUGGCGGGAUACCUGAGGAUUUUAUGGCCUAUUUAUUUGAUUCGGCGCCCAACACUUCUGGUGCUGGAAACAAUGCGUUACCGCAGGCAGCAAUGAACUAUGGAGAUCUUAGCCAUGCUCAGUACCCGAACAACAACGCCUAUCUUGUGAGUCGGUCGGGCCCGAUCCAACAAAUCGGCCCGCAGCAGAUUAUGUCGGUAUACAACCUGCUGGAACCAAAUAUGCCGGAAGCUAGCAUGUCCGACGCCAGGAGCCAAGAACUGUUCGAUUACAUUAAAGAUCGGUUCCAUGGAAACGAUAGCGACGAGUUACGCCAUACGAGAGAUUCCAUCAUUUCUGGUGACAGAAGUAGAAGUGAUCAUAUGCUGAGCAAGCGAAUGAUGCAGGCUUAUAUCGGCUCAUUCUGGAAGCACUUUAACGCGCAGAUGCCAAUUUUGCACAAACCCACGUUUGCUGCUGACAAGACGCCUGCUAUUCUUCUCUUGGCAAUCAUGGCCACCGGGGCUGCGUGCUUGGACAAGAAGCGUGGAACCGAGGUGACCAUGGCGGGAGUGCGCCUUUCCAACUUUCUCGUCACGCAUCUGCGGUGGGAAGUUUUCAUGGACCCGGGUUUCCGGCCUCCAGCGAAGCUGUGGGUCUUUCAAACGCUCAUUUUCUUGGAGCUGUAUGAGAAGAUGUGCUCGACCAGGGAAAUGCACGAAAGAGCGCACAUCCACCACGCCACUACCAUUACCCUUAUGCGACGUGGUCGCAGCUUGAUAGGAAAAUCAUCUUCUGAUUCACCAACACACGCAGGCGCGUUUAUGCCAACCAAGACUGCGGACGAGCAAUGGGAGCAAUGGAUCACCAACGAAUCAACACGUCGAGUAGCCAGCGCAGCCUUCAUGAUUGACUCGCUCCAUGCGACCAUGUUCGGCCAUUCAGCCGUCAUGGCUGCUCACGAAAUGCGACUGCCGCUUCCCUGUGACGAGUCACUUUGGACAGCGACGAGUAGCGCUGAAUUCAGUAGGGUUGAGAAGAAGCUGACAGCGCAAGGCGUGACGCCUGUGUCCUUUCUAGAGGGCCUUAAGAGAACCCUCAAUAAGCAGCAAGUCUACACAACCUACUUUGUGCGAGCUGUCCUCAUUUCCGGGCUUCUCAACGUUACAUACCAUCUAAAUCAGCGAGACCUACAAGCCAAUGUACUUGGCAGUGGCAUGACGCAUACGCCUGGUGCCCGGGACAAGUGGCGAGUUGCGUUGACACGUGCAUAUGACUUUUGGCAAUCGGACUUUGACGAGUCUCUGAGGGGACAAGAGCCGCAACGGGACCCAUACGGCAUUGAUGAAAUCGACACCGACACUCACACCUUGUUUGAGAGCCGCACCGUGCUGCAUCACCUCGCCCACAUGGCCAUGCACGCCGACAUUGUCGACUGCCAAAUCUUUGCGGGCGCCAAACGUCUCUUGGGCCGGCCUGUCAGCGCCAACGAGCUCGCAGCCGCGCAGCGGCGCAUCAAGGAGGACUGGGCGCCGUCGGCCAAGGCCCGCGACGCCGCCUUUUACGCGCUCAAGCUCCUCCGCUUCGUGCUCGCGCCAGAGCAGAUUGGACGUAGGGAGGACGUGCCGGUGCGGCCGCAGCCCGGCCAGCCAUACGAGAUCCGCAACGACAUUUUGCUCAACCGGCCGUGGGUACUCUACUUUGCGGCGCUCAUCGUGUGGUGCUACGGCUACGCGCUCGAGGGGCCGAGUCCGCGCGCGGCCACGGAGCCGGCGACGACCCGCGACCGCUGGACGCAGAUGCGCGGCUAUCUUUCCGUGUACUCCGGCCUCGACGCGCCAGCAGAGCUGCAGGACAUGCGCGGCUUCAACGGCAACACGGCGCUGCUCAUGGUGCUGCGGGAUUCGCUGGGACAGUCGCGCUGGGAGCUACUUCACGAGGCGGGCAAGCUGCUACAGAACUGCAUAGCGCUGGGCCAGGGCCCUGCAGUCGAAUAG